AUGGGCACGCGCGGGCCGCACGUGCUGGUGGACACCACGCCCGCCAAGACCAUCCUCGUGUACCGCAACGGGGACGCGUUCUUCGUGGGCCGGAGGUUCGUGCUGCCGCGGCGCCCCGUGGCCACCUUCGAGGCGCUGCUGGACCAGCUCACCGAGCGGGUGGAGGUGCCUUUCGGCGUGCGGCGCCUGUUCACGCCGACGUGCGGGCACCCGGUGCUCGAGCUGCAGGCGCUGCGGGCGGGCGGCAAGUACGUGGCGGCCGGCCGCGAGCCCUUCAAGAAGCUCGAUUAUAUUCAUAUAGAGCCCAGAAAACCUGCAAAGAUGAGAAAGUUGAAGGAAAUCAAACCGGUGGUACAUUGUGAUAUAAAUGUGCCUUCCCGGUGGCAGACACUUCACCGGACCUCCCGGCACGUUAAUGUUUUCACAAAUGGAAGACUAUUUAUCCCACCUGUAAAAAUCAUCGUACCCAAAUUCAGUCUGAUGGAAUGGAAUAGCGUGCUGGCCACGAUUGGGGAAAAAGUCUUCCCUCUUGGAGGCGUGCGAAAGCUAUUUACCAUGAACGGGCAUCUCUUGGAGAACUCAAAGGACCUACAGGACAACCACUUCUACGUGGCCGCAGGACUGGAGACCUUCAAAUAUUUCCCUUACUGGAAGUCCUCCACGGUGCCCAGCGAGGUCCAACAAAAGUAUGCAGACAUCGAGAAAUGCUCACGAGGAAAGAGAAAAGAGGACGCCAAAGGAAAAGAACCUCACAAGUAUGACGACAUUCCCUGUAAGGGAGAGGAUUCUGUUUUUUAUGCCAAAGAGGGAAAGAAGAAAACGCUGGUGGAUCAUUUAAUGCAAGGCGGCGCAGAAGGUGACGUGUACAAAGCCCAGACUCCCCACACGGAAACCCAAGGAGCACCGGAAGUCAGAGAGGACGAUGACGUGCAGGUGGAGGCGCCCGCGGACCAGACACCUGCGGAGAUAGUCGAGGAAGAUGAAGAGAUACUUCAUAGCUUCCCUGAUUUUGAAAGCCACAAGGAAAAGGAAGAUGAAAGUCCUUGUGAAGAUAGCGACAGGAAGAUGACACAGUCCUGCAGCUUGCAGGCUGGAAACGGGACCCGCACCCUCGUUAUGCUGCGGCAGCUCUUCGCUCUGGCUGGCUCCGGAGCGUCUGCAAGCACGUGA